AUGCGAGAGGCAGGGGAUGCCGCUGCUGCUGCUGGUGAUGCUGCUGCUGCCGAUCCUGCUGCUCUGGGAGCAGCCGCAAGACUCGACGCGCUGCUCGCCAAAAAAAGUCUCAGCGGAAAUGCCGAAGGGUAUAGUCCUGCCAACACGUCGGAAGAGCGCCAAAAAGCAAAACUAGCGGAAAAAUCCCCGAAGAGGCCCCACAACGCUCAUUUUGCACCCAUUGUUGAGGGGCCCCCCGCUACAGAGGGGGCCCCUCAACAAUGGGCACAACGCGGGGAAACAAUGCCGAAGAAACAGGGAGCACCGAAAGGAGCGGCUUCAGCAGCCUGCGCUGCUUCUGCCUCGGAUGCUCGAGCUCCUGCCGACCCCGAGGCAGCUGCCAAGCGGCUGGACAGGCGUUUCGUUGCUGCAGCAGAUCCUCGCUUCGCAAUCAGCAAGGAGGCGCGGAAGCAGCAGCGCGAGCACAAGGAGAUUCACUCAGCAGGCAGAAGGCGGAUGGACGGCACCCUUGAGGAGGAACGAGGAGGCAUUUCGGCGACUGCCUCCAAGCGGCAGGCGAAGCUUGAGGCUGCAAAGGACGCAGAGCAGAGGGCUGCACGGGCAGAAGGGGGGGGGGCCCCUGCUGAGACACCUCCCGACUCCUUGGUGCUGGAUAGCCGCUUCUCUCGCAUCCUCACGGAGCGCCGCUUCCUUACGGGGAGGAGCCUCAGCAGCGCCAAAGUCGAUAAGUUCGGCAGAACUGAGAAAAACCGCAGAAAGGAAACGAAAGGCGACACUGCUGCCGAUGGCUCUGGGGAGACUUCCACAGCCCCCGAGCGCCCCUGCGAAGAAUUGGCUGCCAAAGUUGCGCGGCGGGAGCUGCUGCAGUUGUACGCUUCCGCGGAAGAGGCAGCGACUGCAGGCACGCCUUCGGCUGCUGUUGCCAGCGGCAACGACGACGGCGCAAAAAGUAGCAGUGACAGCGAGAGCAGCAGCAGCAGCAGUGACGAGGAGGAUGCCGACGCUGCUGCGUUGUGGGAUACUACUGCAGAUGCUCUGAUGAGCGAAGAGGUGUCUUCGCGCUUGGCAAUCAUGGGGCUGGACUGGGAAGCAGUGCAACCGACGGACUUGUUGCUGCUGUUUCAGCAGUUCCUGCAGAGCGAGGCGUCAUCGUCGACGGGGGAGGCUGCAGAGGCAGGAAUGACAGAGAGUGGCUCCCGCGUUCUGCGCGUGCAAAUUUACGUGUCGGAGUUUGGCAAAGAGAGGAUCGAGCUCGAAAAAAUCAAAGGGCCCACGGUGGAUUGGUCAAAGGCUGAGAGACUCCGGCGCAAGAGCAAAGGAGCAUCCAAGGCUGCUACAGCAACGUCAGAAGAUGCCGAGAGCAGCGAUGAAGAGCAGCAAGUCUCUGCAGAGCAGGACAGAGCCAUGCAGGAGGCACUGAGGAAGUAUCAAGUCGAGCGGUCCAGAUACCACUACGCGAUCGCGGAAGUGGACUCAGUCACUACAGCGAAGCGCUUGUAUGACGAACUGGAUGGCUGUGAUCUGGGCUUUGCCUUGAACGGGCUGGACUUGCGCUUCGUCCCUCACACCCUUGAACUACCAGCUGAGAAUCUGAUCUCGGAGGCAACCAGUGCUCACCUGUCUCCUGCAGCUGCCGCAGAGGCAGCGGAGCGGCUUGAGGCAGCCUCAGCCCGCAGCAGUAGCGCCCUCAAGCAUUGCAAGGUGCAGCUUACAUGGGAUGAACCCCCUAGAGAGCGAACCAAGUUUCUUAGGCGCAAAUUCAGCGCCAAGGAGCUGGAGGAACAAGACAUGGAAGCGUUUCUGGCAUCCUCAGAUUCCGAUGCAGAGAACGAGGCGCAUGUCGAUGAAAUGCUUGGCUCAGGCGUGCCGCCCUCAAGGCUCAGCGACCAGCCUCCCUGGAAGAAAAUCACGGAGGAGAAUCUUGCCUCCUUCAGACAAGAGCUGCUUGGCGAUCUCGCCGAUGCCUCAGACCCUUCUGAGCCCUCUGACGCGGAGGCGGCGUCCAAAGGCAGCACGAGCGGUAGGGCCUUUUUCAAGAAAACGUCGCAUCCAGAAGAGCAGGAACCGCGCGAAGACGAGGCGCAGACCACAGACGAGGAUGCAGCGGCUGCGCAGGGAGACCCCUGGAAGGCUCGGAAGGCGCGCGUGCGAGAACAACCGAAACUGAAGGCUGCGCUGGAUAUCCAGUCUCGCGAGGAGGGGGAUGGGGAGAUGCCGUCUGCGGCGCAGUCGGAAAGCGUCUGCUGCGCUCUUCAAAGAGGCGGCCCCAACUCGCACUCCUCUGCAGCAAGCCGCGUUUUCCGAAUAGCAAUUAGUCCUUUAGCGCAGUCUGGGAGACCUCGUCAAGCGGCUGUGAUGGUAUCUCCGCCGAAGGCAGAGCCUCUGCCGGGCGCAGCGGAGGAGGUCUUGCAUAGCGAUGAGGUAGGGAGAAGGAGUACCUGUGUUGAAAUGCUUGCUAGAACACCCGGCGGGGCAGACAAGCCCUUUUGGGAGUGGUUCUUGAACCUCCACUUUGACUUAAGAGAGGAACGGCAAAAGAAGAAGCGGUCCAAAAAGGCGACGAAAUCGCAGGAACGCGUGCAGGCUGCAGAACGGCAGCAACAACAACAGCCUGGCUUCAAAUUCGACUUCGCGGAUCCACGCUUCAAACGCGUUCUUCAGUCGCAUGACUUCGCUCUGGACCCGACAAAUCCAGCUUUCAAGAGCUCAGACACCACUCAGGAACUGCUACGGCUGCGCCGCGAGCAGAGCCACAAACACAAGUUCAAGGCUGCGACGCAGCCAGAACAGCUCAGUGAGCAACAACACCGCCAACAGAACAAGUCUUCAUCUGCCAGCCGCAAGCAGCAGCCCCUCCGAGGCCUUCGUCUUAUUUAA